UCAUUCAUUUCAUUUCACACACAUAUAUAUACCUAUAGAUAGAUAUAGAAAUAAAUAUAUAUAUACAAACCAACCCAACUCCCAUAUUUUCCAUUGAUCAAAAUUCCAUUUUUUUUUAUUUAAAGUUCGAGUCUUUUCAGAUUUCUUUAUAAUUUUAUUAUAUACCCACAUCAUAUUUUCAAUUAUUUUAUCCAAAGAUAUGUUGUUUGAAGCUUUCUGAGGUCCGGGCAUAUUUGUUUGUGCAUGGAAGAAGAUGCCGGAUUUGAGACGUGGAGUUCGUCAAGCUAAAAAAGUCAUAAACGUUGAUAAUGAUGAUGUUGUUGUAGCUCCUACUCCUCGUCGUGGGACUCGCAGAGGCAAAGCUCAAGCCCCAAAAGCACCGGUUCCAAUGCCGAGAGCAGCAGGCAGAGGUCGAGGAGGUAGAGCAAUAGAUCAAGAUAAGAAGGCUGAGAUAUUUGGUGGACGUGGGCCCCAAUUGAAUUUGGAUGUGGCACUUCGUGAUCAAUUGGUUGUGGGUAAAGCUGCAGAAGUUUUGGCUGCCCAUGCCGAGGAGGAAGGAAGCACGAGCCCCGUUCCCGAAAGAGUGCAGGUUGGGAAUUCCCCUGCGUACAAGUUAGAGAGAAAGUUAGGUAAAGGAGGCUUUGGUCAAGUGUAUGUAGGUAGAAGGGUCACAGGUGGUUCAGGGAACUCAGGGGUUGAUGCUCUUGAGGUUGCUUUGAAGUUGGAGCAUCGGAAUGGAAAGGGAUGUAAUUAUGGUCCUCCUUAUGAGUGGCAAGUUUAUAGUACUCUCAAUGGUUGUUAUGGACUUCCAAUGGUCCAUUACAAAGGACGCCAAGGAGAUUAUUAUAUUCUUGUUAUGGACAAGUUAGGCCCGAGUUUGUGGGAUGUUUGGAACUCUAGCAACCAGAGCCUCUCUGAAGAAAUGGUUGCUUGCAUAGCCGUGGAGUCUCUAUCGAUACUAGAGCAACUUCACUUAAAAGGUUUUGUGCAUGGAGAUGUGAAGCCGGAAAAUUUUUUACUUGGUCAACCCGGGACAUCCAACGAGAAAAAGUUGUAUUUGGUUGAUCUUGGUUUAGCUUCAAAAUGGAGGGAUACGUCCUCAGGUGAUCAUGUUGAGUAUGACCAAAAGCCUGAUGUUUUCAGGGGGACAGUUCGCUACGCAAGUGUACAUGCCCAUUUAGGGAGGACUGGAAGCAGAAGAGAUGACCUUGAAUCAUUGGCUUAUACAUUAAUCUUUCUCCUUAAAGGAAAACUUCCAUGGCAAGGUUUUAUUGGUGAAAACAAAGGGUUUCUUGUUUGUAAAAAGAAGAUGGCAACUUCUCCUGAUCUUCUUUGUUAUUUUUGUCCUCCACCCUUCAAACAAUUUCUUGAAGUAGUGACCAACAUGAAAUUUGAUGAAGAACCUAAUUACUCGAAGCUUAUUGCAUUGUUUGAAAACUGCCUUGUUUCUAGUGCAUCUUUGCGCCCACUUAAAAUAGAUGGCGCCUUAAAGGUGGGACAAAAGAGGGGAAGGUUGGUUACUGAUUUAGAAGACGCUCAGCCUAGAAAGAAAAUCAGGCUAGGCACUCCGGCUAAUCAGUGGAUUUCCGUUUAUUCUUCAAGACCACCAAUGAAGCAAAGGUACUACUACAAUGUGAUGGAUGCACGACUUCAUCAGCAUGUGGAAAAAGGGAAAACCGAUGGUCUCUUUGUUAGUUGUGUAGCCUCUGCCCAGAAUCUAUGGGCGGUGGUCAUGGAUGCUGGAACAGGGUUCACUUCACAAGUUUACGAGAUUUCCCCUGUAUUUCUACGCAAGGAGUGGAUAAUGGAACAGUGGGAGAAGAACUAUUAUAUUACAUCACUGGCGGGAGCAUCAAAUGGAAGUGCCUUGGUUGUAAUGUCCAAGGGGACAACAUAUACGCAACAGUCAUACAAAGUAAGUGACAUAUUUCCAUUCAAGUGGAUCAACAAGAAAUGGAAGGAAGGCUUUCUGGUCACCUCAAUGACCACUGCAGGUAAUAGGUGGGGCAUCGUGAUGUCUCGUGAUGCAAGUUAUACUAAUCAGGUGGUGGAACUUGAUUUUCUGUAUCCUAGCGAAGGGAUUCAUAGAAGAUGGGAAAACGGCUACCGGAUCACAGCGGCUGCAGCAACCGAAGAUCAAGCUGCUUUCAUACUGAGUACAUCGAAGAGGAGAUUACAAGAUGUCACUCAAGAAACUCUCCGGACUUCUGCUUUUCCUGGCACCCAUGUAAAGGAAAAAUGGUCAAAGAAUUUGUACAUAGCAACCAUAUGUUAUGGCAGAACUGUAUCUUGAAAUUCACAAGUAUUUAUCGGGCGAUCGUUGGCUAUCAUACAAACUACCAUAUUCCCUUAUGAAAGGGUAUAUCAUAUACUCUGGAGCAUACUAUACAAAACCUGCUCAGUUUGAAGUCAUAUACUCAUCCUGUCUGCUGUCGCCCUGCUCAAAAAUGGCCAUCAGAAAUGUUGAAAAUUGUAAAUCAACAAUUCUUAUCGCAAAAAAGGAGAUACAUAAUUUAUACAACGUCCUUUUUGAAGAACAGAAAUGAGCGUCUUUUUUUUUUCUUCUUUUGUGUGGCACCCCUACCUCAAUCGAGUUUGGUGGCGUGUCUUGAUGGUAUAUUGUCUGUAAACUUAUUGUCUAAGCUGCUGGUAAAUUGUGUGAUGUUGUUACAUGACUUAAAAAAAGUCGGUUUUUUAUUUUAUCAUAUUUUUGAAACUUUAAGGUGUGUAACUGUUUGUAUGACAAAAUGAAAAUUAUAAAAAAGUUGGAAGAGAUUAUUAUUACUAUUGAUGAAA